AUGGAGCCGCUGCGCAAAGACCUCGAGUUCCCUGACGGCCGCGCAGCCCUGCAGUACGUACAGGACUAUGCGCUCGCGCAGAAGAAGAGCGUCAAGGUCGCACGCAGUGGUGGCGGCCACAAGCUCGUGCUUUGCACCAGCGACGGCUGCUCGUUUCGAGUCCAGCUCUACCAGCGCAAGCCGUCGCCCAAUGUUUGGUACGUCUCGACGUUCACGAGCACGCAUCUCGACAGCUGCACGUCUGUGCCAAUGCCCACGCAACGCCAGCUGGAGGCGCUGCCCACGCUACAGGAGGCCAUCGAUGCCGACCCAACGAUCGCCGUCCGGUCCCUGCAGACCCUCCUCCACGCCACGGAUGUGGUCGCCCACGUCAGCGAGAAGAAGCUGUCGCGGGCCGUCGCCAAAAUGCAGGAAGUGCAGAUUCAAGCGGCGAGAGACAUGUAUGUGCGGUCGGUCGAAUGCCUCACCAAGCUCGACCCUGGUUUUCUUGGCCUUCCAGCCGGCCCGAAGAAGCGCGGUCGAAAGCGAAAGCUACCGGCAGCAGCCACGUCCGAGACGGCGACCAGCACCAAUUGUCCUGAAAUAACGGCCGUCGAUCUUUGA